CCAGGCCAAAGAUGGAGGACGUACUGCUAGGAAAUAAAUUAUUAGACGGUUUGGCAUGAUAUGUGCUGAUCUUCUUAACUAACAUGGAAGACGAACGAAUUGCUGCUCUUAUGAAAUAUGUCCGUGGAGAAAUAAGCUUUGAGCAGUGGAUUGAAAUAGGAGGAGGUGGAUCGGGCGAGGCAGAGACAGAGGACAUCGGCCUGCAAGAUGUCGAGGAGGUCGGACGAGAGGAAGAAAGCCAAGGACGAGCAGUGGAGAGUGAAAACAAAGGCGAAACUACUGGCAAGUUAUUUGAUUUUAAUUUGUAUUUAUUAUUGAAAAUAACACUCUUUUUUACGGUCCUUGAUGUAAUGCCCCACGCGAUCAUGAGCAGAUAGACCCAGUGAGGUGGGGUGAGGGAGAGUGCGGGCCAUAGCACCCAAGCUCCCCUCCCCCCCCCCCCCAUCAACUUAUGCCCUGUAUUUUACUGUUAUAAGAGGUCUUAGUAGGAAUCAAUGUUGAAGUUAUUCAGAGGUUAGGGGAAAGAUUAUAUAACGCCACACUUCCUUGUACAUGUAGUUGUUUGAUUAAUGAAAACAAUGGUGAAAGCAAAAGUUUACUUUGAGGCUACGGCUAUGAUGUACUGUGAAAACUUAGGUCAGGUGAUGACCUGCUGUGAGGGAAGUUCAUUUAUACUACACAAAGCAGCAUGCCUGGUUUUGUUUUUCAGAUAUGAUCACUGUUCUUGUAUCAGAGCCAAUGUUUGCAAAAUUGGCAGAAAUUGGAUCCACAGAAGCACCAACCACAGAUCUCCCAGGUGAACCACAUCAUGUUCCUGAUAGUGAUCCAAAUGACUGCAAUCUGGAGUCACAAAUGGCAUCCCAGCCAUCAGUUCGAAUGACCGAUCUUUUGCUCCAAGGAGCUGCUGCAAAAAGUGCCAAGAAACAUGGUGGUACUGGUGUUGAUGAAUUCAUGGAGGAGAUUCCUGUCCAAAAACGGCGAAGAGCGGGACGUCGUAAAUUGUAUGAGUUACCUCCAAAAUUAAAGAAAACCAUGGGUCAAGCUAAUAUUCUGUGGGCUAGAGGAGAAAUUGAGAAAGCUAAAGGAAUCUGUAUGGAGCUUAUUCGACAAGGUACUCAAUAAAUUAUAAAUUGCAAAUAAAAACCCUUUGAGAGAGUGACGAGCAUCUAAUUUCUCCUAACAGUAUCAUCCCUUAAUCAAGCACUAAGAUCACAAGAAUAAAGGAAACUAUCACCAACUAAAGAAGCUCGACUGAAUAAACAAAGUCUCGUUGUCAGCACCCUAGGAAAUAUAUAGAGAUUAGUAGGGAGAAUAUGUAUACUGAUGUUAGGGUGUAAAGGGCUAAGUACAGGUGUGUAAUAAUUGUGGAGCUUAAAAGUUUCAGAUCAAUUUUAGUACCUGGGCAAUUGCCCACCUACCCCUCCCCUAACCCAACAUUAACCCUAACUUGUUAUCAAUUGACUGUUGUUGAGUUAGGGGAGGGGUAGGUGGGCAGUUGCCCAGAUACUGAUAUUGAUCCAAAGUUUCUUUAUUUUGGUAUCUUUAAAAUACUUCUCUUUAGAUGUGCAAAGCUUUGGUGAUGUGUCCAAAAAAUUGACUUCGAUAAAGCUUCACCUUUAUGACUGCUAAGAGUUUAUCUUUUGGGUUCCUUCACAGCCAUUCCUUGCAGGUUCAUACAACACAUGUGUGGGCUUCAUCCUUAAGAACGCCAUUGAAGGAGACCUUUUAUCACUGUUAUGCAAGCUUAUGUACUAUUUCAUUUCAUUAAUAUAUAGCUGCACUGUAAUUGACGCAACACUUUUUUUCAUGUUAAUAUUUUGAUCUGAAUAACAAUUUUCAGUUCCAAAGUGUUCAGAACCUUUCCAGACCUUAGGAAUGAUGUAUGAAGAACAGGGAGACCAAGAGAAAGCACUGCAGGUAUUGUUGAUAAUAGGUUGGCUGUUCUGUGAUUUGAUGGGAAGAGUCAGUCUCAGAUUAAACACAAUUCCUUUGUUAUAGGCUUGUUACUGAUCUCUUUUCAUUUAACCCUUUGACUCCUAAGAAUGACAAGCAUCUAAUUUCUCUUUACCUUAUCACCCUUAAAUCACACAAUAAGGUCAGGAGAAUGAGAAAAAUGAUCACCAAGUAAAGAAGCUGUUGAUUGUUAAACAAAUUCUCCUUGUCAGCUUCUUAGGGAAUGUAUAGAGAACAGUUUGGAGAAUAUGCAAACUGACAUGUGGGUGUAAAGGGUCAAAUAGAAGAAAGUAUUUUCUUCUCAACAGUUUUUUCUGAUUGCUGCAUAUCUCAGCAAAUCGGGAGAUUUGGAGGAAUGGGUUAAAUUAGCAAUGAUGUCCCUUGAACAGAAUAAUUUGGAUCAGGCAUUAACCUGCUAUAAUCAAGGUAAGUAAGAUAUUUAAUUUUUAUGAGAUGUUUGCAAUUUUGUUCAGUCAUUCUUGUUCAUUAAAUGUUAUUCAUUGAUAGAAGGCUAAGUCACUUUAAACACACGCAUUACCUCUCUCCAACCAGGGGUAUAAACGGGUACCAGUGAAUAAUCAGGGAAGUUUGAUGAAAUGCUGGAGGGUAGCCUUGCAAUGGACUUGAAUCUCAUCCAGGGGGAUAUAGCGAUACUCAUAGUUGCUAAGGAAUCCAUGAUAAGUUGUGUGGGCCACUUGGAGAGAGACAGACAGACUUUACCUGCCUUUGCUGACAGUAGGCAAAGUCUUAAAUAAGGCCAAGUGAAGCCAUCAUUAACAUUGUUAGACCACAUGUCUAAGCCAGUUAGAAUAUGCAAAAAUGGCGAACAGUAAUAAGAUUUAUAUGUCUAUUGGAUGAUUAUAAUUAUCAUCAUGAUUAACAGAAAUUGAAAAUCUGCAGUUCAAGGCAAUAUGUCUGUGCAAAACAAUUCAAUAUUACAUGAAUGAUACUACUGAAGAAAUUUAAAGCUGGAAUAACUUUUGACAGUUAUGACACCAAAGCUCAUGUUGUACCCAUUUUCUGUAGCUCUGAAGCUGGAGCCGACAAAUUUAAAUGUUCUUUGGGACAGAGCAGCUUUGUGCUAUCAGAUGGGAGAUCAUAAGAAAGCUCUGGAGUUUUACGAAUCUGCCCUAAAGGUAAUAAUUUGGGUCAUUUUUUCAUUUCAUUGGUGGAUAAAUUCUAUAAAUGUAUUGAAACCAAUUGUCAAUUUGUUAUUGAUUAUUAAUUAUCAAUUAAUCAUUAUUGAAAAUGCUCAUAUUUGAUCAUGAAUUCAUGCAGAUUGUUGAGCAGAUUGAAAGAUGUUCAUGCAUUAAUUGUCCUAGAAUUGAUUUUGGUUAGUCAAUGUACUCUUAAAUAAAACUAAAACUUGAAUUUUUACCCACUUGUAGAAUGUUCCUUCAGAUGAUGGGGCAAAGUUUGUUGAGUUGUCUUGUGAAAUGGCUAAGGUGAGUAUCUUAGUUUCAUACUGACAGUAGACAAAUUCUGCUAUUUGCAAAAGACAUAGUAUUAUAUUAAGAUUGACAGACAACAUAACAGUUGCUUUAAGCAAGGAGGGAAAAUUCAUCCUGUGAUUAGGCCUUUAUUAUUAUUAGCACUGAGGCAUGAGGGUUCUUCCCUUGUAAAUAAGUUUUAAGGUCUUGAGCAACACUAGCUGGUAAGAGUGCUGAAGAGAUCUGGCACUGGUUAUGAAGUUGUCAGUUCCAGUGACCUCUUACAGACCUCUUUCCAGCUUGGGACUUGUCCACAGCUUCAAACUUUCUCAUAAGUGAAGAAAUUCCCUUACUGAAGCACUAAUUGUGAGGGCUUUCUGGCAGACCAUGGACAACUGAAUAUUUGAAGGAUAAAAGUAAUGUUUACAGAGGAGUUCCUUGCUAAAGAAACCAAUUGAAAUUGCUUGUUGUACAUUGUCCAAAGCUACUAUUCAUAUGAAGUAUAUCUGCGUUAUUUUCUUUUCUCAGUUGUAUCAUGAAAACAAGUCCCUGGAUGAGGCAAUAAAAGUAUUGCAAACUGCUCUUUCUAAACAUCCUGAUCAUGCAAAUAACCAAGGUAAAUUGUUUGUUUUCUUGUGUGUAACUGUGACAGAUUUAAGAACCUACUACUGGUACCCUUCCCUUCAAUUUACAAUGCAUGGUAAAUAUUCUCAAUUGUUUUUUCAUUUGUUUGUUUUUCUGUUAUGGUGGUGUACAAAAUGUAUAACAGUAUACAAUGUUGGGUUCCUAAUACUGAUCAUGAACUGCAUGUCUUAAGGUUUUAAGACAAGUUUUAUUUUACUACCAUUUGGAAUUUCUUUGUCAAUUGUCUUGUGUUUGAUUGAGGCACUUUGCUUAAUUCGCCACAAUGGAAACUUCUGUUUAAAAUUGUUACAUUGUUUUUAGCAAUUAACAUGUUGGCCGACCUUCACAUGACGUCAAAAGAUUAUAAGCUUGCUUUUGAGGUAAACUUUCAAACUCAACACACAUACAAUAGAAAUGUGAUAAAUGUUCUACUCAUUUCAUCUUCUGUACUAUAAGUCCAAGAUUUUUUUUUCAUUGUUGACUCAUGGCCUGUGCACUUCCUGCUUUGGGAGUGUAAAAUUGAAGGGGAAAUGAAACGGUGCAUAAGUCACAGUACAGACCUCAAACUCAGUAAAUAAGGGAGAUAUUUACUAACCAAAUGUUAUCCUCUGAGAAUGAAACUCAGGGCUAGGCUGCUUAUUUUACUUCAGUCACCUAAACUACUCUCAGAGUAAGUUGAAAUUUUUUUUGCUAUAUAUUGCAGAUGAUUUCAAAGUAUUGUGAUGUCAAACAAGAAGUCAUGUCACUUGACACAGGAGAGUCACCUCUGACGUCAUUUUCACAACUUAUGAAUGAUGAAGCUCAGGAAGGAGACAUUUCAAGAUCUCCUGAGAAAGACAGUGGUCACAAAAAAAUCAACUAUAUUAUACCUGAAGACCUUCCCAUUGAUCUUUGUGUCAAGUUCGCCAUAUGUCUUAUUCACUUGAGGCAGUUACAUGCAAUUAAGGUAUGGCAUAUGGUGCUAAAACAAGAAAUGACAGGUUUCAUCAACCUUGUUCCCAGGGUUCUCUCUUCUUUCCUCUUGAGGAAAAAAGAGAGGAUCCUGGAAACAAGGUUGAAGUUUCUUCUUUACAUGAUUGCAAUAUAGGAUCACAUUUUUUUGAAACUUUAAAAACUUUUAUUCUAGUUGUUAACUGUUAUCCUAACUAACCAAUCCAGCUGGAUUAGAAAGGUUGGCUAGUAUUUUGUCUGUCUUGGGUUUAAACAUUGAUUGCAAUUCAAUUAGUGACUUAACCUGAAUUAAUUUAACACCCUGUGUUAAGCAAACACUUGCGCAGUUGGCUAAAUUCGGAUGGAAGAGUCCGAAACUGAAUACUUGAGUUUUCCGCGUUUUUUGUUUGUUUGUUUGUUUGUUUAUUUUGUGUUGUUGUUUGUUUAUUAGGAGAUUCUUGUACCACUAUUCAUGGAGACAGUUGAGUCAGCAGGUGACCUGUACAUUGAUGUUGCUGAGGCUUAUGCGGAAAAUGGUGAGACAAUAUUUUAGUUUUAUCUUUGUAAGAAUUGAGUUCUGGGAAACGAGGCAGAGUCCAGAUUGUUUUAGGAUAAGGAAUUGAUGAGUGCCAAUUCAUCUGAGGAAAUUUUGAGCAAAAUGGGCCAAUGACACCUAGCAAACUUGUCACAUGUAACUACACAUAAUCAUUCGACCUCAUCGCCCGACCUAGAUUAACAAUAUAGCAGUCGAAACGUUUUUUCUCCAAUGAAUAGUUGGUACUUCGCAAUACAACGAUGUAACGUUCUUUUAAUUUAUUUAUAACCACAUUAAAAUGAACACACUUCUUUUGCUGAGCUAGGAUUUUUGUAUGAGGACAAGAACACCAGAAAAGAAAUUUAAAAAUGUAAGAGUAUCACCUAUGUAUCUCUUUUUUUGUGUGUGUGUUAAAUGUGUUGUAGGUGACUGUGAAGAAGCGUUACCCAUCCUGGAUAUGCUGGUAGCGUCAAAAAACUUUUCACUGGUAGGUAGCUUUUCCCUCGCCCUUGUAUUCUUCCGCACCUUAUCUUUCACGGAAAGUAUAAAUUUCCCAUUAGUUCUGUUUGAGCUGAGGUUUAAAACGAGGAGAGGUUGGCAAAGGGUUUAUACGUGACGCGUGAUCAAGCCCAAAAUUUUUACAUGACGCGAGUAGAUUUUGAUGGAAGGCAAGGUGAGGUGAGAUUUGAAGAUUCGCCUUUAAAAUUCUUGACUCGUCUAUUAAAAAUUCCACUGUGAAAUCCCCUCAGAGAUUUUUAAAACAGUGUUCUCCUGUUUAAUUCUACGGAAUCAUAUUCAGGACGUUACGUUUAGUUUAAACAACACUUCAGACUAUUUUUCCCCCGUCUCAUGGAUUUCGAAUUUUUUUGUGUAAUUAGCAAAUCUUAGUGAACUUUCUGGAAACAGAAAGAGAGGUCUUAGUGUCUUUAAUUAUGGCACGGCAAAAAUUGUGGUACGAAGCUUAUGAAUAGCAUAUAAAUUUCAUCAACCAAGUUGACUAUGUAAAUUGGCCACCGUAAAAGGUUUCUAAAGGCUGACAUUUCGAGCGUUAGCCCUUUGUCCAAGCUCGAAAUGUCAGCUUUAUCAACUCAGUUUAUAAAACAACCCAACCACCAACGCAGCUCUAAGUUGCUUUAGAAACUUACUUACGUUUAUUCAUUUUGCUGAAAAAUAACAACAACAGUUCCUCAAUUCAUUUUAGGCUGCAGUGUGGCUGAAAAAGGGAGAAUGUCUGACGUCGCUGGGCAGAAUAGAGGAAGCCGCUUCAGCUUAUUCAAGAGUUGUUAAUUUAGCUCCAAAUCAUCUGGAUGCUCGUCUUGUCUUGGCCUCUCUUCAUCAACAGCUGGGAAGACCCAACCAGGCUCUGGAUGUGCUAUCAGGUAAAUGACUUAAAGCGGACGAGAAGAGCUUAUUAUUUAAUUACAUUUCAACGCCAUCGUGGUUUCUGAAUGUAGCUCAUGUAAGACUGAGGGAAAGUUUGUCUACUUAGGAUGCGCGGACACUAUCGUCCGAAACUGGACUCUAUUGGCUGGACACUCUUCUCCAAAUUAAGGCACUACUUUUAGAAAUCGGACACGAUUACAAGGCAAAACUCGGACUACAUCUUCCAAAAUCAGACAGUAUCGUCCAAAAUCGCACUCUAUCGUUCUAAGUCAGACACUAUCGUCCGAAUUCGGACACUAUCGUCGGAAAUCAUUAUUCUGUCCUUUUAUCCUUUAACCUUUUAUCUAAAUCUGUUCUCCCGCUUCUUUUUCCCGCUCUUUAAACUCAUAGCUGAUCCAAGAGGAGAAGGGAUUGGAGAUUCUGUUGAGGACGAGGUUGCCAUGGAUACGAGUUCUGUGAACUCCGAGGGUACUGAAACGGAGCCUGCAGUACAACCUCAGGUUGGUUGACCCUCGACCUUGCCACACUGAUGAAUUUUUGAUUGAAUGACUGCAAGUUUUUUCUUUAUUAUUUUCAGGAUUUUCGUUUGCUCUUCCACAAGUGUGCGCUGUUACACUCACAGAGUCGCAUGAAUGAGUUUUUGGACGCAGGAAUAAAGAUGUUUCGUUUGUUUUUCAUCGAUGUGUAUUACAUUAAAGAUCUAACAGGUUUGUGAAAAAUCGCAUGUUUGUGUUUUUUUCCUCUUUCGUCUUUACAAAAACAGAAGUUACAGACACUUGUGAUAUAUUUGCCAUUUUGUUUUUGGAAGACAUGGCCUUGAAGUCAAGUAGAUUCAGAAGGGAACUGAUGCAAAAGGAAGCGUUGGAACAGGAAGAGUCGCGGUCCCGCGCAAGUAAGAUAUUCUUCUCUAAGUUGUCUUAUUUCCUGACAUGCUUGCGUUUCUAUGAAAAAGUUUAUAAUGUAAUAAUGACGACUAGUCUGAGCCAUCACGCGUCGCUGUUGUAAAGGAAACGUGACUCUGUAAUAAUCGUCACGCCUAACUGUUUACAUGGAGGAAACGUGACUCUGUAAUAAUCAUCACGCAUCGUUGUUUACAAAGAGGAAACGUGACUCUGUAAUAAUCGUCACGCAUCGUUGUUUACAUAGAGGAAACGUGACUAUGUGAUAAUCGUCACGCAUCGUUAUUUACAUGGAUGAAAUGUGACCCUGUAAUAAUCGACACGUAAUGCUGUUUACAUGGAGGAAACGUGUCUGUAAUAUGAUGAUUUAUUAAGAUAACGUAUUUCCUCGAGUUAUUAUUGUUAUUUUUAUUCUCAUCUUUUAUUAGCGUUUAGAUUGUUUUGUUGUUUUUUUAGGUGUUGUGGCCUGUAGUCGAGGAGACACUGGGCUGAGAAUUGAGGAGUGGUGGGAGAUGUUUAAAAAGGUAAGGAACAUUGUUAACUUGUUGGCAAAUUUUCUCAUUCGAUUAUUUAAUUGAUGGAUUGAUUUCAGUGAUCGUAGAGUCUCUGUGGCUUAGUGGUAAAGCAACGUCGCGCGGAAUCCGAUGAUCUGAGGUUGGACUACUCGUGGGGCUUAGAAUUUUUUCUUUGUCUCACGCUCGCGAGAAGAAGGAAAAAAUCUUUCUCUGUCUCAUUAUCGAGCUUAAAUUCACCAUCUUUUUUAUUCUUAUCACUCUAAUGAUGAUUAGGUUUUCGGAAAGAAGGUCAAUUUUACGUCCAAUAUUUUUUCCUUUGUUUCCAGGUCGUCUCAAGUCUUAGUGGCUUGAAGCGGCACUCUGAGGCACAACAUAUGGUAUUAUGUGCGCUGGCCUCUGAUCGCUUCUCCGACUCUUAUCAGACAGAACUGGUCUUCAUGAGUAUUGUAGCGUUGUACCUCAACAGAGAGUACAAAGUAGCGUUUGACGCAACAAAAAUACUCAUUGCGAGGGACAAAAAGAAUCCAGUCUUAUGGAACAUACUUUCUCGAAUUACCGCCAGGUCUGGGGACUGCAGACAUCAGCGCUAUGUGUUGAGGCUCUUGAUUAAAAGUCCUGAUGAGUUUCCGUUAGUUAUGUUCAGCGGUCACAAUGCUCUGGUCAGCGGAAGUUACCGAUUUGCAGUAGGUAGGGGUCCUUCUGUUACAGGCUAAGUAUUUUAGAGAGGUUUAAGCGAGUAUUGUGAGUCUAUUGCAACAGCCAAUCACAGCGAUAGUGGGUGACAGAGCGCACCAAAUCAGAGAAAAUGUACGUGAUCAGCAUCAGGCACUGGUAGUGUAGAUUCUGAUUGGUUGAGAAGUGAUACGAGACACAGGAUUUUUGAACCAAUCAGAGACAAUAUAUGAAAGCAAACUUUAUUCUCGGUCAGUUUGGGUGGUCGAUUGAAAAUCGCUCUAUUUUGAAGUUGUAGAAUCCCUGAUUACCAGGAUGUAUUGUUUUACUCCUUAAAUUUCUGAUUAAAUCUUUUUUUCUUUUAUUUUCUUUCAAUUUUAGGCGAAUACGUUCGAGCUUUCCGCCAAGCCCCAGAGGAUCCUUUGAUCUCGCUCUGCUUAGGCCUGCAGUACAUUCACUUAGCUUGCCAGCGGUUUCCAAGGAACCGACACUUUUGUGUUGUGCAGGUAGCCUGUUUUUUCGGCUUGACACCAAGUCGUUAAAAUAUGGAAUGUUUAGUAGUAGAUUUUAAAAAUGGAUCUAUAUUUUUUGUCAAUAGGGCAUUAUCUUUCUUUUUCAAUAUCUCGGUCUUCGCGGCGAAUGUCAAGAGGCGUUUUACAACAUUGCUCGUGCUUUUCAUCAGUUAGGUAAGUUCCUCGAUGUUAAAGUUUGAGAAUUUCCUUCAUAACUGGAAGGCCCAUAUGUUACUCUUUUAUAAUCCUAUAAUUUAGCCUUUCUUGUCUCCACAACAUGUUGAAAAUCAGCAGAAUAUUCGCUCAAAAGCGAGGCCAUGAGGGGAUGCUUCUCAUUAUAGUCGUUUAUUCAUGUACCUGUUUUUUUUUGUUUUUUUUUUAGUGUUUAUGAUGUCGAUUUUAUUACAGGUCUUCUUCAGUUCGCUGUCCACUACUACAACAAAGCUUUGGAAUUCCCUCUACACGAGGCCUCCAAAAGCGACGGAAGUAACCGUGGGAAGGUAUGGCUAGUCAACGCUAAAGGUUGUUUUCAACUUCCAAUUUUCAAUUUUCAAUUUUCAAUUUUCAACUGUUCAAUUUUUUAAUUUUCAGUUUUUUCACUCAUCAUUCUUUAAUUCAGCUUUCAGAAAAGCACGAUCUCCACAGAGAAACAGCAUUUAAUUUGUCUUUGAUUUAUCGAGCAAGUGGAAACGAGAUUAUGGCCAGAGAAUUGUUGAUGACUCAUUGUUGGGUGUGAAGGAUCUUUUCGAUAAACUUACUGCUUGUUGUGAGAGACUUGAUAACACGCCGAAUUCCGGUUGAGAGGCCUGGGUUCAAGACCGAUUGGGGGCAUAGUGUUGUGCUCUUAGGUGAGACAUUUUACUCUCACAAUGCCUCUCUCCACCUAGGAAUUUAAGUGGGACUGGGACUGGGACUGGUGACUUCAUGCGAUGGAGUCAAAGACAAGCUCUGUUGCCUGGUGAGUCACGUGCCUCGA